AUGGAACGGCAAACUGAAAUACAACGGGGUACUGAUAUACAACGGGGUACUGGUAUGCAACGGGGUACUGAUGUGCAACGGGGUACUGAUAUGCAACGGGGUACUGGUAUGCAACGGGGUACUGAUGUGCAACGGGGUACUGAUAUACAACGGGGUACUGAUAUACAACGGGGUACUGGUAUGCAACGGGGUACUGAUGUGCAACGGGGUACUGGUAUGCAACGGGGUACUGGUAUGCAACGGGGUACUGAUGUGCAACGGGGUACUGAUGUGCAACGGGGUACUGAUAUGCAACGGGGUACUGAUAUGCAACGGGGUACUGGUAUGCAACGGGGUACUGGUAUGCAACGGGGUACUGGUAUGCAACGGGGUACUGAUGUGCAACGGGGUACUGAUAUGCAACGGGGUACUGAUAUGCAACGGGGUACUGGUAUGCAACGGGGUACUGAUGUGCAACGGGGUACUGAUAUACAACGGGGUACUGGUAUGCAACGGGGUACUGAUGUGCAACGGGGUACAGAUAUGCAACGGGGUACUGAUAUACAACGGGGUACUGGUAUGCAACGGGGUACUGAUGUGCAACGGGGUACUGGUAUGCAACGGGGUACUGGUAUGCAACGGGGUACUGAUGUGCAACGGGGUACUGAUAUGCAACGGGGUACUUAUAUACAACGGGGUACUGGUAUGCAACGGGGUACUGAUGUGCAACGGGGUACUGAUAUGCAACGGGGUACUGAUAUACAGCGGAGUACUGGUAUGCAACGGGGUACUGGUAUGCAACGGGGUACUGUCAUGCAACGGAGUACUGGUAUGCAUCGGGGUACAGAUAUACAACGGAGUACUGGUAUGCAUCGGGGUACUGAUAUGCAACGGGGUACUGGAAUGCAUCGGGGUACUGAUAUACAAUGGAGUACUGGUAUGCAACGGGGUACUGGUAUGCAACGGGGUACUGGUAUGCAGCGGGGUUCUGAUAUGCAGCGGGAUACUGGUAUGCAACGGGGUACUAGUAUGCAACGGGAUACUACUAUGCUACGGCGGGCGAGAAGGCGUACCUAUGCAGCGGCAAACCUAUAUGUAGCGGGGUACUAA